AUGUCUGCGCUCCGUCUCGUCACUUCUGCUGCUCGGAGAGCACCUAGGACUUUCGCCCUCGGCAGGAGAGGCUACGCCGAGGCUGCCGACAAGAUCAGUUUGUCCCUCGUCCUCCCCCACCAGGCCAUCUUCACUUCCGCAGAUGUCGUGCAGGUGAACCUUGCUGCGGCAACUGGUGAUAUGGGUAUCCUCGCCAACCACGCGCCGACGAUCGAACCUCUCCGCCCUGGUGUCGUUGAGGUUAUUGAGGGUGGUAACACGUCGAAAAAGUGGUUCGUCUCUGGCGGCUUCGCUACCGUUCACCCGAACAACAAGCUUACCAUUAACGCGGUCGAGGCUGCUCCCCUUGAUGCCUUCUCACCAGAGGCCGUUCGUGCGAACCUCCAGGAGGCGCUGAAGGUUGCGGCAGGCAACGGUUCGGAGGAGGACAAGGUCGAGGCGCGGAUUGAGGCGGAUGUGUAUGAGGCGCUCCAGCACGCGCUUUCCAAGUAG